UAUAUAUACAUCAACAUUAACACAAUUUUACCAUCCAUCUUAGCUUUCGAUUUUUAUUUCACACCAUUUCAUGUCCUAGUCCCCCAACAUACAUUUUCAAUAUACGAAUAUUUAUCAACCCAGAAGUAUAUGUAUGUCUCCUGGAAUGGCAGUAACAUUUAGUGAACGGAUGAAAUUGAAAGGUGAAGAUGAUGUUGAUAGACCAGAAAAUCAAUAUCAAAAACUGGUAAAGCUACUAGUUGAUAAUGGUAUUCACAGUGUGCCUAAAAAGUAUAUAUUUCCUCCUUCUAAACGUCCUGGUAUGAAUAUGGAAGAUCCAAAUGUUGCGAAACAAAACCUUGAGCUACCCAUCAUUGAUUUUUCUAAUUUGAUUGGUCCAAAUAGGCACCAAGUCCUUCAAGCAUUGGCCAAUGCUUGUCAACGGUACAGAUUUUUCCAGGUGGUAAACCAUGGGAUCUCAGAAGAUGUAAUGAACAACAUGAUGGAUGUGAGUGGAAGAUUUUUCGAUCUACCAUUUGAGGAAAGAGGAAAGUACAUGACAGCUGACAUGAGAGCAGCAGUUAGAUAUGGAACAAACUUCAGUCAAACAAAAGACAGAGUGUUCUGUUGGAGAGACUUCUUGAAACUCCUCUGCCAUCCUUUGCCUGAUUUUCUUCCUCAUUGGCCUGAUUCCCCCGUGAACUUUAGGAAAGUGGUGGCUACCUACGCAGAAGAAGCCAAAGACUUAUUUCUAAGGUUAAUGGAAGCCAUCGUAGAGAGUUUAGGUAUAGUUGAAAACAACAAAGAAGGAAAAGACAAUAUUCUCCAAGAAUUGGAAAAUGGGAGCCAGCUUAUGGCAGCUAAUUUCUACCCACCAUGUCCUCAACCAGACCUAACUUUAGGGAUGCCCCCUCAUUCUGACUAUGGAUUCCUAACACUUCUCCUCCAAGAUUAGGUUGAAGGUUUGCAAAUCCAAUUUCAAGGAAAAUGGUUCACAUAGUUCAUCCUAUUAAUAAUGCUUUCAUUGUUAAUGUUGGUGAUCACCUUGACGUAAACAUAUUUAUUAAUUGAUUUCUCACUAUCUUUUCAUAUAGCAAUAUUAGUUUUUAUAACAUUUUAUGUUUGUAAAUAAUAUUAUAACAUAGUAUAAAUAUUGCAACAA